GCAGGCGGGGCUCCGUUGCCGGAGUAACUGGGCGUUGUUGUAGAGGUGGUGUCUUCCUGUGGCAAAGGUACCUAUUUCCCUGCGCCGAGAUCCUGAGACUAUGAAUCAUGGUGAAAGAUUCGUUUUCAUUGCAGAGUGGUAUGAUCCAAAUGCUUCACUUUUUCGACGUUAUGAACUUUUAUUUUACCCAGGGGAUGGAUCUGUUGAAAUGCAUGAUGUAAAAAAUCACCGCACCUUUUUAAAGCGAACCAAAUAUGAUGAUCUUCACUUGGAAGAUUUAUUUAUAGGCAACAAAGUAAAUGUCUUUUCUCGACAACUGGUGCUAGUUGACUAUGGGGAUCAAUAUACAGCUCGCCAACUGGGCAGUAGAAAAGAAAAAACAUUGGCUCUGAUUAAACCAGAUGCAAUAUCAAAAGCUGGAGAGAUAAUUGAAAUGAUAAACAAAGCCGGAUUUACUAUAACCAAACUCAAAAUGAUGAUGCUUUCAAGGAAAGAAGCAAUGGAUUUUCAUAUAGACCAUCAGUCAAGGCCCUUUUUAAAUGAGCUGAUCCAGUUUAUUACAAGUGGUCCUACUAUUGCCAUGGAGAUUUUAAGAGAUGAUGCCAUAUGUGAGUGGAAAAGAUUGCUUGGACCCGCAAACUCCGGGAUGGCUCGUACGGAUGCUCCUGGAAGCCUGAGAGCCCUCUUUGGAACCGAUGGCAUAAGAAACGCAGCUCAUGGCCCCGAUUCUUUUGCUUCUGCUGCCAGAGAAAUGGAGUUAUUUUUUCCUUCAAGUGGAGUUUGUGGACCAGCAAACACUGCUAAAUUUACGAAUUGUACCUGUUGCAUUAUUAAGCCCCAUGCCAUCAGUGAAGGGAGCAUUUUUGGAUGCUCUUAA